AAAAAAAAAAAAAAAAACUAGCAACAAUUGAAAACUUUGUAGAAUAAAAAAAAAAAAAAAAAAAAAAAAAAAAAAAAAAAAAAAAAAGAAAAAAAAAAAGAAAAAAAAAAAAAAAAAAAAAAAAAAAAAAGAGAACUAGCAACAAUUGAAAACUUUGUAGAAUAAAAAAAAAAAAAAGUUUUGAAUGAGUGGUGAAUUUGAUAACCAUAUAAUAAAAAUGCAAAUUCUCAUUUAUGAACUGCCCCCGCCCAACACCCACCCCUCCCCUCUCCUCCCCUCUCCUCCUUUUAACACUCCAUCUUCCACUUAUAUUUCUUUGCAAAAUUUUAAUUCCUAGAUUUAUCUCCCUUUCUCCGAACAAAAAAUAGAGUAAUGGAAGGAAUCUCAGUCAAACUGUACAAGGGAUUGAAGGGGUACUGGAGGCGGAAGGGCUACGUGAAGUUAAAUGGGUCCCGGCGGAGGCGGAUGGCCGAGGUGGAGCUGGGUUCCCCGACUUCCACGAGGCGACGGCGGUUCUGGCGGUUCAGAGUCAAGCCCAAGCUUAAAUUUAAACUUCCUUCUGGAAUGAAGUUCUUCCUCUGGCUCCGCGAAGCCUAUGUGAAUAUGAUGCUGAAAUUUGCUCACUCGACGGCGUUCGCCAGUUCCGGGUACUGUGAAGCCAUUAGCGACAGGAUGGCUACUUUUGGUAAAGCCCCGAUGAAGGAGUAUGACGACAAGAUGAUCGUGGAGAUCUACAAGUCGUUGAUGAUUGGGCAGUUGGUGCCGCACGAUGCCGCCAAAAUUGGCGCCGUCCGCCGUAGGUGGAAGAAUUAAGGAACCAUUUCGAAACCUGUUUUGAACCGGCAAAACCUUGUCGGGGAGGAGGAAUGCACCGUGGCUAUGUCACUAGGCCUCAAGGGCCAGUGCAUAGAGAAUAUGAUUCUUAGUUUCUUAAAUAUAUGAUAUGAUUAUUUUGUUUUUGGUUGUUCAAAAAGAAAUAUGUGAUAUGAUUAUAAUCACUAGUUGAAGCAUAAUCAUAAAUUACGAAGUUGAGAAUCAAUUUAGAUGUUUAGA